ACAUACCAGUACGUAGUCUGUCUGAUGGGAGUAUAAAUUGGACAGUAAGCUUUUGUCUUAAUAAAAUGAAAUUUGUUUCUCAUGAUAUGAAUCUUACAGGUAAGAUGUAGGGUUUAUUGAAAAUGUGUGGGUUAAAUACUUUCAGGUACACCAAUUCUUUCUACUAAAUUGAGCUUCAUUUGAAGUUCUUUGGAAUCUGUGGUGAAAAAUAAUUUUCUAAUUUCCAAAUACAUUAAGAGCAUUACAGUGAAUAUUAAUCACCUUUAAAGUCUUUUAGAAAAGGGCUUGUAUUGGUUUUUGGCUGCAUAGAGGGGCUGAAUAAGUGUGUUUGUGUGUGUGUGUGUGUGUGUGUGUGUGUCUUGUUCUUACAGAAGAUGUAAUUCACAAAUAGUUUAGCUCCCUAGCACUAAGUUGUAGAAUAGAAAAUAGAACAUUAUUUAAGUUAAUUGAAGGGUGAGAUUUUCAUACCCCCACUAAUGCUGUGUAUCUGUCUUUCGUUUGUUAACAUUAUUUGCUUAAUUUCUUUCAACUGACACUUUGAAUAAUACUAUCAAAAACUAAGGCUAGACAUUCCCCGUGUAUCUUUAAGCAUGCUUCUCCUGAAAUUUAACUACAUUAGUAGUUGACAUUUGUAUACAUAUAUCCUAAUACAAGAGUAGGAUAAGGUGGAAAUGUACUGGCCUGAGGGAUGGUGAAGCAUUCUUUUAGUAUUUUUUAUCCUGUUGGGCUCCUAGAUUGUACUGGGGUUGCCCAUAAAUCAAACCCCAUACUCUCAGAAUUCAUCAUAUUGUAAUAUCACGAAUGGUAUGCUUGGGUGUUUUCCAUUGAGAGUGGAUGGACCUCUUUAUAAAGUUGGUUGCUGCAAAAUCCAGUUCUUCCAAAAGCCACUUUAUUUAGGGUUUAUUCACAAAUCUUAACCAUUUUGAUAUAGUGUUUGUUUUCUAAUGUUUAUUAACCACCUUAUACCAAAUGUCUUGCAAAGAAAUGUUAUUAAAACCUUGAAUUUUUACAAAUGUGAAAAACAAGUGUAUUAAUGUAUUUGUUCAGGAAAAGCUACAUACCGAAGGGCUUUUGUAUAUGAAUUCUGUGGUAGGGAGACCCAUUUGUAAUCUAUAUGGCAGUUCCAUCUAGGUUUUAAGUUUAGAUUUCACCGUGUCUUAGUGCUUCAUUCUAUUGGUUUACUGGAACAUGUAAUAAAUAGGAGUAGUGAUGUAUUAAAACACAAGUAUUCAUUAAUGUUUUAUAUUAUCUUCACUAAAAUUCUAUAAUUAUGAAACUGUAUUUCAUCAAUCAAGGUGUUAUAUUUCAAUCAGAAGUGAACAUUUAUGAAGAUUAUUUGGAAGUGUGUACAGAAAUAAACUAGACUUACAAGUAGGCUAGAUCAGAAAGUUAACAUAUGAACCUGCAGAGAUCUUGUAAGACUUAAAUUCAGUGUGAGGAACAACUCUAGUUCUCUCCUAUGAGGAUUUCCUAAAAGCCAUCUGAUUUGGCAUUCUUACUGGAGCUGUAGACAGAAAUCUACAAAGACAAAAGUGAACAAAAUUAAGUUACUAUUCCACUGUUAGGAAUGGAAAUAAACUUGUGAAGUCUGUUUAUUUUGAAGUGUUGGUGAACUAGGCGCUUGCUAAUUGAUAACUGCAGCAUAGUUUGUGUUUACUCCAGUUCAUCAACUUGGGUCAUUUGAAAGAUAUAAGAGCUUAAGGCAAGGAAGAAAUAACAUGAAAUUCUAUUUCAAGGACAACAGAACAUUCUUGGAAAAGCAGCUCCAGUUGGCUUUUCAACUGUGUCAAACUUGAAUUUGUAAGUCCCCACAGAGCAUGGACAGUCGGUGCAGAGUUCCAAGGAAACAAUUAUUGCCAAUGAUCACUUCCAUUUUGUAUACACUGUUUGGUUCAUAUAGGCCAUAUUCCAACUGGCUUUUUAGUAAUAGAAGUCCAGUAUAUAAUGUAUCAAAUACAAUUGAGGUUCUAACCUAGUGUGUUAAUUUAUCUGAAUUUGGAUUUUUUAAAAGUAAUAAAAGGUUAAAUGUACUUCCCUUGGAUUCCUUAUUUCUUUCCUUUUUGAAACAUGAACGAAGCAUAAGGGAUAACCCAUUAUUGACAGACAAAUGAAGAACUUAAUUAUAGUUGUCCACAAUUAAAUAAAGCAGAGGUCUGCAGACUUUCUGUGAAGGUCUAGAUAGUAAAUACUUCAGACUUUGAGGGCCAUCCAGUCUCUGUUGAAACUAUCAUUGUAGCACCAAAGCAGCCAUGGUAGGCUAUAUAAACUAAUGAGCAUGGCUGUGUUCCAGUAUAACUUCACAAAAACAGCCUGCAGGCCAUAGUCCGCUAACCCCUAGAAUGAUGUAUUUAAAAAGGUUUGAAUUUAUAUUUUGAAAAAGGACUUUAAUGUACCAUAAAGUUGAGAGAAUGGUCCAAUGAGUAAGAUUGUCUUUCUUAGGAAUGAUUUUUCUUUUAUUGCCAUUCUUUUGACUUUUUUGGAUACCUAUUUUGUAUACUCAGACUUUACCAUCUAUUUGCCUGCCAUCCUCUGAUUGAUGAUACUUUGCAUUUGUUUAGCAUUUACUACUUUUUCAAAGCAGUUUCACAUGUUCCCUCACAACCGUCCUGUGAAGCUGGUAGAGUAAAUAGCCGUGUUUUGUGGAUAAACCAGAGCAGCUAAAGGUGCUCCUAUGUUUAGCCCAGAAGUAAUCAAGAUUCAGGGCCCUGUUGUCUUGACUACUGUAACUGUAAAAUGGGAGUGUCACCCUCUGUAGCCUGGAAGGCAGAUAAUAUAUGCAGAAGUUACGUUGAAAAUUAGUGUUCUAUACAAAUGGAAGAGAUUAUUUUUAUUGUGCCACAUUGAAAUCAGUGGUUAAUUUCUCCAUGUGUAUUUGUACGUUUUGUUUUUCCAUUUCUGACUAGUUUUUAAAAAUCCUGACCAGCCUCCUUGGUUCUUCUAGUUUUAUUAGCCGCCUCAGUCAGCACCUGUACUUGGCAAUUCUCAUUAGCCAAAUGGUACAAAUUUGGAUUACUUUUGAUUUCUUUAAUGAACACUUUUUGUCUGGUUGGAAAACUAAGGACAGAAGGGACUCUUAUGCAACCAGCUUCUUGAUUUCAAGUGAACUAUUUUUGUGAAACUGUUACUGUGCAAUGUAACAGAAAGGGUGGGGGGGGGGAUAAGCCUAAUUGGGACAUGUGGAAUCAGUGUAGUUUACAAAUGUAUUUUAAAUUACUUGAUUAUUUAAAAUGAUUUUCAAAGUUUGCAUGAUUACUUUCACAGCCAUUUCGAAGGGAAAAAAUGCAGGAGAUGGUUGCAGGGGAAAAUUGAUAUAAGUGGGGCUGGCCAAUGUUAUGGUUAUUCUUAUUGUCUCAGUCUAAGCCACUAGGAUUACAGGACUUCAUCUUGAAGAUCAGUGAAGAAAAGGGAGAGUCUAGAGAGUGAGACGUGGAAGGUGAUUCUAAGUUGGAGUUGGUCAGAGAGGUCUGCUGCAAUUAUAGACCAGAAAGGUAGGGCAGUCCUGGGUAGGUAAGUGUCACAGAUAGGGUAGCUGCGAUGCUGGCAUGAGGAUGUGGGAUAUGUGGUUAUCAAGGUGUCCCAGGCAGACAUGGAGGGUGUGAAGCAGCAAGGCCAUGUUAGGAUGACUGCAGGGUGUUUAAUGCCAGAAAACUGGAAUGUGGGAGUUGUAAGGAGCCAAGACUGGAAAGGUAAAAGGAAGGCUUGGUAGUAGAUGGAGGACCUCGUAUGCCACCCUGAGGAGCUUGGAUAAAGGUUUUGGAGAGCCAGGAAGGGUUUUAAGCAGCUGCUAAAUUACAUUCUCCAAAAAACUCAGUAUCUUCUCAGUGGUCAGCAAUGUAAAUGAAGAAAUGAGCUGGCAUGAUGAGACUGCCCUCUAUUUUGGAGGUUCUGCUGCCUGCACUGGAACAAAUUACCAUGUAUAGUGGCCUGGAAAGGCAAAAUGAGAAAGUGGCCCAGGUGGAUAAAACUCAGUGGAUUUGAAGGGGCAAGGAACCCAGUUACUUUGGGCAUAGGGGUAUAGAUGGAAUGAGUUGGGUGGGAGAUGGACAUCUGAGAGGAGAAAAACACUUGUUCAGGUUCACAGAGGACCCAAAGAUACGGCAGAGGAAACCCUGAAGUAAUUAUGAACGUAAUAAUGGAGCUAAGUUGAGCAGUUUUAUGUCAUAAAGCCUGUUAUUCUAAAUCUACCUCCAGUUUUUUCUUGGUUUUAAAUAAAAAAAUACAUUUAAAAAAAAUCAUCUAACCCAGAUUAGAGUUUAGCUUUUAUAGUUCUAUCUUAUGGUGUCCCUUUUCAAUCAUUCCUUUCUAAUCUUUCUAGUGAACCAAAUAUUUUGUUGCCAUUUAUUGGUUGAUAGCCAAAGUAGCAACUAAACUGGCCUUCUACUUUAAUAACAUAAAACUGCAGCUUGCUCAUUCUUCGACACCACUUUCUUCAAAAUAUUUGGACAAAGGGUGUUGGUGAGAAGACCUGGCCACUACUCACCAGGUGGGAAUUGGAGGUCAUAAAAGCUCACAACCUCAUUGCUUGCACAAGAGGUGGCCUCUCUUGUCUAUUUUCCAGAGGAAUUCCCUUCUAAUGAGGAAGCCAGUUGGUGGUUUGCCUAGUGCCAUCUGGAGACCUGGAAGUGUCACAGAAGUUUGUUAGGCCUUUUAGAUGUUGACUCUUUGGACUUGUCUACCCAAAGGUGGUGACCUUCAUAGGGGUGAAUGCAGAGAGCUAUGGCGUUGGGUUUGACUCCUUCUGGUAUUCAGGCAGAAAUGCAUGCCAUUCGACCCCCUCCCACUCCUUUGCCUAUGCAGUGGCCACUUGGCCUUCUCUGCCAUUUGGUGGCAUUUAUCCCCUUCAAAUUCCUUCCUCCCACCUGCCAGUUUCUAACCAGAUCUUACCCUGUCUGGCUCCAUUCUGUAUGUUAUGUGCCCAUUUGAUGAAAACAGCAUGAGGCAGGGUCAACAUUGCAUUUCUAAGAACGAGGACAAAAUAUGAGUAGCAUCCUUCCAGUAGUUAACUUUUAACCCUUUACUUGUGUGAAGGACUUGUUAUCCUAGUUGAUAGAUGAGAAGACAGAUGACCAUAAGUGCAAGAAAUUCAGAGUUUGAUGUGAAGCCCAGCUCUGGGCUCCCUGUUGACUAUUUUGUCAUUGAUGUAUGUGAAACCAUGUGGAAAUCCAAAAGGAAAGUUGUCCAUUUUUCUGCUUGCAGUUUAAAUUGGAAAAAGAUUCUACUGGGCAUGAUGCAAAACAUGUCUACACGUACACAUUUGUGUGUUAUACUUGACAAUGCCAUUUUACUUGUGUAAAAAGAUCUUUGAAAAGCCUCACAGUAAUACUUUUUAUAUCUCUAAAUCAAAAUGGCUCAGUUCUGACAGUUUUUACAUUUAAGGUACAAAAUAGAAGUGGGUUUCAAAUAUCUCUUGAUUAGUCUCCUAUAUUAUUUGGGCAUAUGUUUUUAAUUGGCAAGAAAAAAAAAAGACUUCAGAAAUUGGUCAUUUUUAUUCCAUCAAGUGAACAGUGAGUGGUUUAUUUAAUAAAAACAUGUCUGUAAUUUAACACAAAUAGCACAUACAGCUGUUCAUUUGUGUCUUUUUGACUGUAUGAAGCAUCUUAGACUGUUUUACUGAAAGAUAAGGUCACCGAGAGGGGAAAUCUGUGGACUUAAAUCUUUCUUCCUACCUAUCGCCAGCCUCUAGGUUAGGUUAGGUGGGUGCCGCCAGCAAGCGCCCUUCAUGGCUGGACUGGGGGAUAUGGAGAGAGCUGAGAGAAUCGAAAACCUCGAUUUUUUUUUUCUUUGGUGAAAGGGACCUCAGAGACAUUCACUCAUCCCUGCAGAGAAGCAGCUGCCCGAAUGCACAUAGCCUGUUGGUAGUGACAUGAAUUGUGUACACAGGGCUCCUGGUCCAGCGCUCGGAGUUCUAACCACUGUUGCUGCCUCUGGCCACGUGUGCAUCGGGGAGUUGUAAAGUGAGUUAUGGAAAUAAAACAAGGCGGGAAGCCGAGCUUCGAUCUUCAGAAACAGCAUUCUUGGGAGCCAGAGGCCGAGGUGGCGCCCUAGGCAGGCGCCUUCGGCUGGGUGGGCGCGGAGCUGGCCCCCGGCCCUUGGCUUCAGCAUCUUCACCUAGCUCGCCUUCCUCCGAAGUUGCGGAGGUGCCGGGAAGAGGAGGAGCCUCGCCUCGGGCGCCCGAGUGAUUGGCUGCCCAGGGCCCCUGGCGAAGGCUGUGUCGUCCAGCCCUGGUGGAGAGGGGCGGAGCGGCCACUGCUCCAACCACCGCCGCCACUGCCACAGUCGCAACCGCUGCAGCCUCGGUCGCCGGGCAAGUAGCUCCGAGCGGCUGCUUCCCGGUUGCCUCGACGAAGACAGGGGGCGCCGCGCUCCACUUGCUCCGCGCCCGAGCCAUGCCCGGCAGCCCUGUGUAACCACCGAGUCCCGGCCGCAGCCGACCGACCUAGUGUGCACCGUCCUUCGGCCGAGCUGAGCUUUCGUGCGCGCAACUCCCUCUGCCCCCGCCGGCCCCGCGCCACCAUGCCCCGGGCAACUGCACUUGGAGCCCUAGUGUCACUGCUGCUGCUGCUGCCGCUGCCUCGCGGCGCCGGGGGACUCGGGGAACGCCCGGACGCCACCGCAGACUACUCGGCGCUGGACGGCGAGGAGGGCACGGAGCAGCGGCUGGAGCAUUACCACGACCCUUGCAAAGCCGCUGUCUUUUGGGGAGACAUUGCCUUAGAUGAAGAUGACUUGAAGCUCUUUCACAUUGACAAAGUCAGAGACUGGACCAACCAGACAGUGGGGGCAACUGGACACAGCACAGGUGGGUUUGAAGAGCAGGCAUCUGAGAGCAGCCCAAAUGCCACAGCCACGGACACUGGCACCAAGGAAGCUGGAAAGGAUGGCCAGGAGAAUACCACACUCCUGCACAGCCCUGGGACCUCGCAUGCCACAGCUGAAACCUUCUCUCCCCGGGUCCGAAGAGCCACAACCUCAAGGACAGAGAGGAUAUGGCCUGGCGGAGUCAUCCCCUACGUCAUUGGAGGGAACUUCACUGGGAGCCAGAGGGCCAUUUUUAAGCAGGCCAUGAGACACUGGGAGAAGCACACCUGUGUGACCUUCAUAGAAAGGACCGACGAGGAAAGCUUUAUUGUAUUCAGUUACAGAACCUGUGGCUGUUGCUCCUAUGUUGGGCGCCGAGGAGGAGGCCCACAGGCCAUAUCCAUUGGGAAGAACUGUGACAAGUUUGGCAUUGUGGCUCACGAGCUGGGCCAUGUGGUUGGGUUUUGGCAUGAACACACCCGGCCAGACAGAGACCAACAUGUCACCAUCAUCAGGGAAAACAUCCAGCCAGGUCAGGAGUAUAAUUUCUUAAAAAUGGAAGCUGGGGAAGUGAGCUCUCUGGGAGAGACAUACGACUUUGACAGCAUCAUGCACUACGCCCGGAACACCUUCUCAAGAGGAGUUUUCUUGGACACCAUCCUCCCCCGUCGAGAUGACAAUGGCGUCAGGCCAACCAUUGGCCAGCGCGUGCGGCUCAGUCAGGGAGACAUAGCUCAAGCCCGGAAGCUGUACAAAUGCCCAGCGUGUGGGGAGACCCUGCAGGACACAACGGGAAACUUUUCUGCACCUGGUUUCCCAAAUGGGUACCCAUCUUACUCCCACUGCGUCUGGAGGAUCUCCGUCACCCCAGGGGAAAAGAUCGUCUUAAACUUCACAUCCAUGGAUUUAUUUAAAAGCCGGCUGUGCUGGUACGAUUACGUGGAGGUCCGGGAUGGUUACUGGAGAAAAGCCCCCCUUUUGGGCAGGUUUUGCGGCGAUAAGGUCCCAGAGCCCUUGGUCUCCACAGACAGCCGGCUCUGGGUGGAGUUUCGCAGCAGCAGCAACAUCUUGGGCAAAGGUUUCUUUGCAGUGUACGAAGCUACCUGCGGGGGAGACAUUAACAAAGAUGCCGGUCAGAUUCAAUCUCCCAACUAUCCGGAUGACUACAGACCUUCCAAGGAAUGUGUCUGGAGGAUUACGGUUUCGGAGGGGUUCCACGUGGGACUUACCUUCCAAGCUUUUGAGAUUGAAAGGCACGACAGCUGUGCAUAUGACUACCUGGAAAUCCGGGAUGGCCCCACGGAAGAGAGUGCCUUGAUCGGCCACUUUUGUGGCUAUGAAAAGCCGGAGGAUGUGAAAUCGAGCUCCAACAGACUGUGGAUGAAGUUUGUGUCCGAUGGCUCUAUCAAUAAAGCGGGCUUUGCGGCCAAUUUUUUCAAGGAGGUGGAUGAGUGUUCCUGGCCAGAUCACGGAGGGUGCGAGCAUCGCUGCAUGAACACGCUGGGCAGCUACAAGUGUGCCUGUGACCCUGGCUACGAGCUGGCCGCUGAUAAGAAGAUGUGUGAAGUGGCCUGUGGCGGUUUCAUUACCAAGCUGAAUGGAACCAUCACCAGCCCUGGGUGGCCGAAGGAGUAUCCCACAAACAAAAACUGUGUCUGGCAGGUGGUGGCCCCCGCUCAGUACCGGAUCUCCCUUCAGUUUGAAGUGUUUGAACUGGAAGGCAAUGACGUCUGUAAGUAUGACUUUGUGGAGGUGCGCAGCGGCCUGUCCCCCGACGCCAAGCUGCACGGCAAGUUCUGUGGCUCUGAGACACCCGAGGUCAUCACUUCGCAGAGCAACAACAUGCGUGUGGAGUUCAAGUCCGACAACACCGUCUCCAAGCGCGGCUUCAGGGCCCACUUCUUCUCAGACAAGGACGAGUGUGCCAAGGACAAUGGCGGGUGUCAGCACGAGUGCGUCAACACCUUUGGGAGCUACCUGUGCAGGUGCAGGAACGGCUACCGGCUCCACGAGAACGGGCAUGACUGCAAAGAGGCUGGCUGUGCACACAAGAUCAGCAGUGCAGAGGGGACCCUGGCGAGCCCCAACUGGCCUGACAAAUACCCCAGCCGGAGGGAGUGUACCUGGAACAUCUCUUCAACUGCAGGCCACAGGGUGAAACUCACCUUCAAUGAAUUUGAGAUCGAGCAGCACCAGGAAUGUGCCUAUGACCACCUGGAAAUGUACGACGGGCCCGACAGCCUGGCCCCCAUCCUGGGCCGUUUCUGCGGCAGUAAGAAACCAGACCCCAUGGUGGCUUCGGGCAGCAGUAUGUUUCUCAGGUUUUAUUCGGAUGCCUCAGUGCAGAGGAAAGGCUUCCAGGCAGUGCACAGCACAGAGUGCGGGGGCAGGCUGAAGGCUGAAGUGCAGACCAAAGAGCUCUAUUCCCAUGCCCAGUUUGGGGACAACAACUACCCGAGCCAGGCCCACUGCGACUGGGUGAUCGUGGCAGAGGACGGCUAUGGCGUGGAGCUGACAUUCCGGACCUUUGAGGUUGAGGAGGAGGCCGACUGCGGCUACGACUACAUGGAAGCCUACGACGGCUACGACAGCUCAGCGCCCAGGCUCGGCCGCUUCUGUGGCUCUGGGCCAUUAGAAGAAAUCUACUCUGCGGGAGAUUCCCUGAUGAUUCGAUUCCACACAGAUGACACCAUCAGCAAGAAAGGCUUCCAUGCCCGAUACACCAGCACCAAGUUCCAGGAUGCCCUGCACAUGAAGAAAUAGUGCUGAUGUUCUUGAAAGACAGAAACUGAGAAUGUUUUGUUUUUGUUUUCACAACAAUAGCACCUUGAAAAAUCUGCCCUAAAACAGUGUACAGUAUUUUUCUCAAACAAAAACUCAGAAUCCAGUCUUGGAGGUAUAUAUUUGAAUGAAAGUCACGUAAGCUUGGCCAACAAGGUGGAGAGAAAAUGUUCUUUUGAUUCUGUCUGCAAUGUUAUCACUCAUGAACUGUUAAGGAUUAGGAUUGAAGUCACUGACCAUUCAAGCUAUGGUUGUUCAUACCCAUUCUCCUUGUCCCUUGCUCCUAUGUGGCAAAAGGCCAGCCUUGGGGUUGGCCGUUCCUCUAAUCUGGACUUGCUUGCAAAGGUGCUGGGCUGUCUUCUGUCUAUGUUGGGCAUAAGGGAUGAAAGCUUGGCUGUGACUAACAUAUGGCUCACAGCUUUGGCUGGAAUCAUUUUCUUUCUCUCUGCCAGGGACACGUCAACCAAGAAACCUGAAAAUAUGGAUGGAUGUCAGGACUAAAAAAGGCAUCACAGUAAGCAGUGUGCACAGAGAAAGUUUCGAGUAUGAAAAUCAUUGUCAUGAAGUUAGGAGACCACGAAGCCAUUUCUCAGUCAUUCACACUCCUUGUCCCUUUGGUUUCCCCCACUCCCUAAUUGCAUUGGGGGCUAAGGCAUCCAUUAUGAAUACAGCAGUACAUUUGCUGGCGAGAGUCCCGUCUGCUGAGAAGACAAUACUGUGGCUCGUCCUGAAAUUUUUUCAUUCAUUGACUUUGAGAAGACUCCACCUGUGCUUGGAAUUCCAUGGGCUUCGAAGAACAUUUCUUCUUUUAGCUUUGGAGGCACUUGCCGUGGCACACCUGGACUCCUUGACAUCCAAUUCAAACUGCAUUUGCAAAAUGUGCAGAGACAUCUUAUGAGGGACCAAUUCAGGUCCCUUGUGGGGUGAACACUGUUGAGGACUGGUUAAUUAUAAGUUAUGUAAGAAUCAUCGCCUUGUGGAACAAGUCAAUCAGCGACUAGCUUCCUGUAGCCAAUCAGGUUAAAGAGUGCGUUGGUAACUUUGCUCUGAUUAACUAAUAUUCAAUCACCAACUUGCAAUCAGAAUUCACAACACUUGGCACUUGUUCUAGAGAAGUGUAGAGGAUGACGUUUACAUAAUUUUAGCACCUCAAGGUAUAAUUUAAACAGUGAGGUAGUUUUGAAUGGCAUUUCAUUAAGGCAUCUAUGGGCAUUAUGAGCUAAAAGCUGUGGUAUGUUAGCUUUAAAAGAGUAUUUAUGUUGGAAUAAUUUUUAAAUAAUGUUUACAUAACUGUAAGUCCUGUUUGGUUGGUGUUGAACGCAGGGCGGCACACGAGUGUUUUUGGUUAGAGCCAAGAGAGCUCCCAUGCGCCAGAAUUCCUUUGGGAUGAAUCAGCAUCAUUUUAGACAAAGUAUUUGUAAAAAGGUGAAAGGUUAUAUUUUUUACAGAUCAGAAUAUGGCACCAGAGGACUGUGUCUCAUUAAAGUGAUUGCUGGGAGCAAAAACUAGAAUGAUACAAGGAAAGGUCAGAGAAAUGCAUGGGAAUAUUUUUUCCUUAAAACAGAAAAAAAUUAAAGUAUUCUUAUUAAUAAUAUAUGUCUGUAUAUAUGUAUGUAUGUAAAAGAUCAGCUGUCAAAGCCUUAAUCAAUGCAGUGUGGAAAAUGCCAAUCCCUGGUCCUCGCUUUACUGUGGGCCCUGCAGGAUUGGCUCUCCAUUUCCUGCCUCUCCUUUCACCAAACUCUGUUUUCGCCUUUCCCGGCACUGGACUGAGGCUCAGCCUACACGCUCAUAUUGUGCAUAUGGCAGACCCUGCCCCACGUGCACUUCGAUACAGCAAAUGGAGCAGCUGACCUCGUGGCUCCAAUCCUACCUGCCUGUUAGGGUAGAUUCCAUUUCUCUAAUUUUUGUAUUUUCUGAGGUUUUUUGUGGUCUCAUCUUGUCUAUGAGAGUGGAAACUGGAACUGGGAUACCUAAGAUGACUGUUAAGGUUCUUUCUCCAAGAAAAUAAAAGUUCUGCAGUUUUAACCUUUAGAAGUGUAAGCAAGAUUAACAAAUUUCAUAGAAGAGUGGGAGAGAGUCAGAAACAGAGUUGGUGCUGCUCAGCAGGACAGUGAAACAAUGAUACUUCUUUUCAUCUCCUUAGCAUGAACAUUUUCAAAAACACACAGCUUCAACCAUUGUCACCAUAUGGCCAAUUUGCAACAAUGGGACUCUUAUGAAAAACCUUUAUUUAGGCCUUCUGUGUGACGUAUCCGCAGAAAAGACAAGCUCUGAUUCAGCUGGGGCUAGCUCCUCUGGAAGCCCACACUUGUGGGGACUUGGGCAUGACACGGGUUCUUGCAAAGAAACUUGAGCUGGCUUCACUAGAGAGAGUCCAUUCAGCAGAAAGACCCAGGCCUCUGCCUUGGUGCUUCCAAUUGCUCAGUGACCUGCCUGCAAGCAUCCCCAGAAGCAAACAGUAGAGGUAGAAGAUACCGCUGCAGCCUGCUUUGUGCUUUAAUUGGGUACCAAGCUUUGGGGAUGACACUGAGUUGCAAAAGUAGUUUCAGUUCAGAGAAUUGUCUUAGGACAACAGGCUAAUGAAGGAUUUGGGGUCUGGGUUUUUAGCCUGGCUCAGUUCUAGUGUAACCUAGUCUAGCAAAAGCUAAGCCUGGAUUGCAGGGCAGGAAAAAAUCUGGAAUUAACUUUAGCCAGUAGAAUUUCUUCAAACAGAGAAAGAGAGGCUGUUCAUUGAUCCACUAUUCCCUCUAUUUUCCUCUAAGGUAAAUAUUUAGAGGUAUUUACCUGUAAGGUGAAGUUUCCCCCCUAUUUCUGUUUUACAAUUUCUCUCUAAAGCAAGCUUGUCCAACCCAUGGCCCAGGACAGCUUUGAAUGUGGCCCGACACAAAUUCGUAAACUUUUUUAGAAAUAUUGUGAGAUUCUUUUUGUGACUUUUUUUCUCAUCAGCUAUCGUUAGUGUUAGUGUAUUUUAUGCAUGGCCCAAGAUAAUUCUUCCAGUGUGGCCCAGGGAAGCCAAAAGAUUGGACACCCCUGCUGUAAAGUUUCAUAUCACUCACAAAUUGCUCAGCUGAUUGAAAUAAUUUGUAAAAUCCUGCUAACUAGCAAAUUCACAGUGAGUUUUCCUGUUGAUUGGGUCCCUUUGAUAACUUCCAGAUUGAUAUUGUUAGCGUUCCAUUUGUGAAUGAAUGUUCCUUGGGCUUUAGCAGAUGUUUUUAAAGUUUCUUUUGUAGACUGAACUUCUGAACAUCAAUCCCAAAUGCCUAAAAGUUUUCUUUUUAAAAAGGAAAACUGUUUAAAGUAUUGUAUGUAAACAUAUGGGUAUUUUUUAUUUUGUGUAAUUUUACAUUUCAUGAAAUGAUGUCAGUUUCAAAGAGAAAGUGGAGAGGACCUAACAUAUGUCUCUACCUAGAAAGGAUGGUUUCAUUAAAGAAUAUGGAUUUAUUGAUGUG